AUGGCUACAGUUCAAGACUUUUUACCGUCACAGGAUGAUUUCUAUGCUGAACUGCAAGAACGGGCAAAUUUAGCGGAGUCACAUCGCAGAACGAGAUUUUUAGCUGUAGUGUUGUUACAAAGAAUGGCGCGAGGUUACUUAAUUAGAAAGCACAUUGCUUGGCUGUCAAAGAAUGCGGUAACAAUUCAAUGUGCCUAUAGAGUUCAUGUCGCUCGAAAAGCCUAUAGAAUUGCUUUGAGAAUGGCUGUGAGACAAAAGCACUGCAGAUAUUAUGACCACGCCGCAAUAAUUAUACAGGCGUUAUGGCGUGGUCACUAUUCCCGGAAAACAAAAUUCUGCUACAAAUCCUAUAGAAGGUGGUUGGCAACUGUUGCAAUAAGAGGCGAGAGGCGAGCAGCCGAGGCCGCUGAAUUCAGAAUACGCAGUCGAGCUGAUGAUUUAAGGAUAUUAGAAGAAGAAGCCCGGCAAUGGCUUGCUUUUGUAGUUUUUAAACUACAUCACCUAUUAAGAACGUACGUAUGUGCAGGUGUAUACUCUGAGCCAGUAACGACAGAACUAUCAGAGUUUGAGAAACUCCUCAAAUCUAUUCAUUACACUGAAUACAUGAAGAGAUUGAAGAGAAAAUAUGACGAGUUCGUGAGAAAAUACCGGCCGAGGUUUUCCAAUAAAAGGCUAUUUCCUAUAAUAGGGGACGGCGCCGACUACUGGUAUUUAUCUUUACCAGAAAUGUACGAGCUCACUGCGCCUAUACCUAAGGAAGAGAACACGAGACAUAUUACGACACAUCAUGGAAAACUACACAAAGAGCCAUUUAUGUGGAAAAAAGUUAAGCCUCAAAUACAAAUAGAAGGUAGAGGUCCGUAUACGCCAUCGAGAUCAGCAACAACACCAUCACCUCCUCCACCAGCUCCGUCUCUCAGAUCAUCAAGAGGUGGCACCAUGAUGCGAGAUCCUAGGUUUCAUCUGUACUUCAAGCACUACACACCGCAGCCAUCAAUUUUCGAUUACGUUGAUUUUCAUGUAAACGUUUUAUUAAGUAGGAAAUGUUCUAUCGAAAACAUAAAUCAAGAGUAG